GUUACUUUUAACCUCAGCGACCUUAAGAUAUUUGUUCAAACGUGAUAUUGCUACAUUUAGUUAACAUUUCAUACAUAAAACAUAUAUUUUACACUUUGAAUCAACGUAAAAAGCCUAUUUUAUGUGAUAUUGUAAGUGCUAACUUCCUCAGACGAUUUAAAAAUGUCUAGUAAUCAAAAGGCAUCUAAAGAACAUCUUGAACUAUCAACUUUUAUCAAAGAAGUGCAUAAACAAUUAAGAAAAGAUGCAACCGAGCACGGCUGGGAAGAAACGUGGCAGAAGCAUGUUAACAACAAGUCAAUGUUGACACAAUAUGCAGAAACAAUGGAAAGUUUAGCAUGCAAACAUUGGACAGAAAAUCAACAGAAAGAGAAUUCCAAAGCACUUUCAAGAAUUACCUGGGUGCAUAACAAAUGUGAGGAGUACUUUAAUACUACCAUAUUGAAGUGUAGACAACAAGAGGACGAAAUUGCUAAGAAAUGUGACUUAACUGUAGACCUAGAUAAUAUUUUAGAAGUUCCUGAUAAAUUUAAGUUGUUAGAUGUUGGCAGUUGUUACAAUCCAUUUAAAAAGUACAGCAAUUAUGAAGUAGUUGCUAUUGACAUUGCUCCAAGUAAUGAAGAAGUGAUUCAGUGUGAUUUUUUAAACAUAGACAUAGCUAAUGUUGGUUUAAAUGAUGAAAGUGAACCUAGACCUAGCAAAAGAUGUAAAACCAGUGAAUUUCAGUGCACAGGUUUGUCUUAUCAUAUAAUUGUGUUUAGUUUACUGUUGGAUUACUUUCCAACGCCGGAAUUACGUCUUAAAUGUUGUGAGAAUGCAUACAAACUUCUCAAACAUGAAGGUAUAUUGGUUAUUAUAAGUCCUGAUGCAAAACAUGUUGGUGCAAAUGCUAAGUAUAUGAAGUCAUGGAGACUUGUAUUAGCGAAAAUCGGAUUCAGACGAAUUGUUUAUGAAAAGUUGCAAUAUUUACAUUGUAUGGUGUUUAGAAAGAGUAGUAAUGCAGAUGUUGCUAAACGGUGGGCGGUUUUACAUGAAGAUGAUAAGUUGUUUGAUAAAAUGUAUGUACCCCAAGAUUUUAAUAUAGAAAACAAAUGAGAAAA